AUGGACUCAUCCGCACUGGGCACAGACCAUGACGAGUCUCCCCAUGACGCCAACGGCCCGCCUACCAGGACUGUUUCGCCAAAGUCCUUUGGCCCACCCGUCAAGUCUGAACGCCACGAUUCUGUCUGUCCCGCGUCUCAGUCGCUGGCACCUCUUCUCGACCCUACGGCUUCCGGCUCACGAGCACCGGAUUGGGGCUUUUUCAACUCCGAGCUCAUGCCAUUCAUGACUUCCAAGCACGGUAAACAAGCUGCACAGCGCGCCGACGAGACCGGAAAAUGGGGUUUGCAGUAUUACCGCGCCGGUUUACUCGCUGACGCUUUGCGCGGAGCUCAAGACAACCCCGCCGACUUCCUGCAGCACUACAUCGGCGCAGUCGACCCUGGUGAUGGAUCCAAGCCAGUGGACUACUCCCGGCCGUUCUACAACGAAUUAGCGGCCCACGACGCCGACUUUACUAUUUUCCUCCUCACUAUGCUGAAACAUCAAUACCCGAAUAUGCGCCUUCUGCGCGAGCCCGGCCUCCAUCUAUGACGGAGUCGCGCCACAGGAAAUAUUCCCGGCACAGGAAUCUGAAUCGGACACCGCUAUAACAGAACGCGAGGAUUACGACGAUGGCGCGAAGAGUGUGGAGACGCUUGACCCAGGCCCGGAUAUUCUUCUUCCAUUUCAGGGAUCGCCAUACAAGAUGCCGACCCAUAGAAAAGGGAAGGGCAUCACCGAUCCAAGCAUGUAUCUGAGCAAAUAGGACGGAGGAGUGGGCUAUGCGCUG